AUGUCGCCUCAUGCAGUACCACACCAGAUCCCUCGGAUCAAGCCUACGGCCGAGUUGAAGGAGUUCGCCGUGUCCAGUAAUGCUUUUCUCCCAGAGCAUAGCCCUCUGAGGCAACUGCCCGAUUCCUACUAUGAGCCUUGGGAGCUCAUCAUCCAGCACCUUCCAGCUCUGGUCGAAAAUGGCAUUAGAAGAGCAGUUGAUCAACUCCCCGUCCUCUCCACAGACCGACUCCGGUCAGAAGCAGAGUGGCGGAGAGCAUAUUCUAUCAUGGCUUUCUUGACACAUGCGUACGUCUGGGGCGGCGAGAAGCCCGCACAGGUCCUACCACCUCAAAUCACAGUCCCCUUCCUCGAAGUGUCGAAGCAUCUCGAACUCCCCCCUGUUCUCACAUACGCCGCCGCCAACCUCUGGAACUUUUCCUGCUCAGGCAAUGACUUUUCCGACCUCAGCAAACUCGACACCCUUCAUACAUUUACCGGAACCGAGUCUGAAUCAUGGUUCCUGCUCAUUAGCGUGGCGAUGGAGGCCAGGGCUGGAGGCAUCAUCCCCCGCAUGAUGGAGGCCCUCGAGGCUGUCAAGACAAGAGACUACGAUGUCAUUGUCUCUGCCCUCCAAGAACUUAAGGAAUGCAUUGAUGGCGUUGGUGUGCUUCUCGAGAGGAUGUACGAAAAGUGCGACCCAAUGACGUUCUACUACAAGAUCCGACCUUUCUUGGCUGGAAGCAAGAACAUGGAAUCUGCCGGUCUACCAAGAGGUGUCUUCUACGAUGAGGGUGACGGCAAGGGCGAGUGGAGACACUUGCGAGGUGGAAGCAACGGACAGAGCUCUCUCAUCCAAUUCUUCGACAUUGUGCUUGGAGUUGAGCAUAUUACGAGCGGCAACAAUACGGAGGUGAAGGGCGAGAAGAGCUACCACGAUAUUGUCAAGGAGUACAUGCCCGGUCCUCACCGCCGUUUCCUCACACACAUUGCCCGCAUGGGAAGCAUCCGAGAGCUGGCCCUCCUACCUCCUACGACAGAGGGACAGCAUCGCCUCCAGGAAGCAUUCACAUCCGCCACCGAUGCCCUGAGCAAGUUCCGGAACAAGCACAUCCAGAUCGUCACAAGAUACAUCAUCCUUCCCUCUCGACAAGGCAGCAAGGAAGGGCCUCAGAACCUCGCCAGCUCUUCGUCGAGAAAGGCUGGGGAGGAGUUGACGGGAACUGGUGGUACCAAGCUGGUGCCAUUCUUGAAGCAGUCUAGAGAUGAGACCAUGGUUGCAGGAAACUUGGAAAAGCAAUAG